AUGGUACACCACAAAGUUACAAUUAUUGGAUCAGGUCCAGCUGCUCAUACUGCUGCCAUUUAUUUAGCUAGAGCUGAAAUUAAACCAACCUUAUACGAAGGGUUCUUAGCUAAUGGAGUUGCUGCUGGUGGUCAAUUAACCACCACUACUGAUAUCGAGAAUUUUCCUGGUUUCCCUGAAGGAAUCAAUGGUACUGAAUUGAUGGAAAGAAUGAAGAAACAAUCUGAAAGAUUUGGUACUGAGAUCAUUACUGAAACUAUUUCCAAAUGUGACUUAUCACAAAGACCUUUUAAAUUAUGGACUGAAUUUAAUGAAGAUGGUGAACCAAUCACUACUGAUGCUGUAAUCAUUGCCACUGGUGCUAGUGCCAAGAGAAUGCAUUUACCUGGUGAAGAAACUUAUUGGCAACAAGGUAUUUCUGCUUGUGCAGUUUGCGAUGGUGCUGUGCCCAUUUUCAGAAACAAGCCAUUGGCUGUUGUUGGUGGUGGUGAUUCUGCUUGUGAAGAAGCAUUGUUUUUGACAAAAUAUGCUUCCAAAGUAUACUUGUUGGUGAGAAGAGAUGUACUUAGAGCAUCAUCUAUUAUGCAAAAGAGAGCCAUGAAUAAUGACAAAUUGGAAAUUUUGUGGAAUACUGAAGCUAAAGAAGCAAAGGGAGACGGUAAAGUAUUGACUUCUUUGGGAAUCUACAACAACAAGACCAACACCACAUCUGAUUUACAAGUUAAUGGAUUGUUUUACGCCAUUGGUCACAUUCCAGCCACCAAGAUUUUCGAAUCUCAAUUGAAGAUGGAUGAUAGUGGAUAUAUCUUGACAAAGCCUGGUACUGCUGAAACUUCAAUCGAAGGUGUUUUCGCUGCUGGUGAUGUUCAAGAUAAGAUUUAUAGACAAGCAAUCACCUCGGCUGGUACUGGAUGUAUGGCAGCUUUGGAAUGUGAAAAAUUUAUUGUUGAACAAGAAGAUUAG